AACUGAUUUAACGUGCUUUUGUGUAAGGAACUAGUGUUCUUCUUUUGACAUGAUAGGUGUGACAUUUUUCUCCUUUCUUGAGGAGGACUUAUUUGUUAGACAUUGACUUCAAUUCAAGGAUUAAUCUAUUAUUGUCUUUUGAAAAGGCUUAUGAGAAGAAAACCUCUCCAAAAUGGCGUUAUGAUCUUGGUCGAAUGAAAAAUUUUGAGCAGGUAUUUGGCACAGACAAGCUAUACUGGUUUAUUCCAGCAUACUCUGAAGAAGAUUUACGAAAGAUACCAGCACUUCAGGGUCUUGAAUACCCAUCAAGGCCUCACUUUGAUUCCCAAGAGGUUUAAAAACCUGUGCUCCAAGCCAAGAAAUAUGGAAAGUCUUUUCUUGUUAACUAACAUUGCAGCAUUCCUGGAAAUCAUUCCCCUACAUCCUUCUGAUGAAUUAGCCAGCCGCCUAACAGUUCAUUACAAGGGGCAUUUUCUUGUUGAGAUGAGGAGGAGAGGGGAAUAGAGAGAGAGCACUUUCUAGGAAUAAAUCAGGGAAGGGCUGCGGAAAUGGCUAUAGUUGAUAAUGUUAUAAAAUUUCAUGUUGUAGUUGCAUUUUUAACAGAGGGUGCGAGUUUAGGGUAUGGUGAAAUGUAAUUUGUUAACACGGUGGCAUGAUUUUUUUUUUGGGUGGAAGUGGCAUGAUGUUGCCUAACCUAACCUUUGUUGUAUGUUCAUUGGGAAAAAAAAAAGGAAAAAAUGAAAAAAUGUCAAAAGUAGAACCAUUAGGUGGCAUGGAAAUGUGUCCUAUGUGAUUCAUGGCUUCUUCAUUGCCAACUCAAAAGUCAAACACGAUUGAAGGACAACUGAAAGAAAAAUGAAAUACAAAGGUUUUA